AUGUCGGGAGCUGCAGAUCGCGAGGCCGUCUUCCCAACCCGGCAGUCGCUGGGUAUCAUGAAGGCGAAGCUCAAGGGGGCGGAGACUGGGCACAGCUUGUUGAAGAGAAAGAGUGAAGCUCUUACCAAGCGAUUCCGAGAGAUCACGAGACGAAUCGACGAAGCCAAGCGGAAGAUGGGUCGAGUGAUGCAAAUUGCGGCCUUCUCUUUGGCGGAAGUGACCUACGCCGUGGGCGGCGACAUUGGAUACCAAGUGCAGGAAUCCGCCAAGUCGGCUCGAUUCCGCGUCCGCACCAAGCAAGACAAUGUUUCCGGUGUCUUGCUGCCAGCUUUUGAGAGCUACCAAACCGAAGGCAAUAACGAUUUUGGCCUGACAGGUCUGGGCAAGGGAGGACAGCAAGUUCAGCGAUGCAGAGAGACAUAUGCGCGAGCCGUGGAAGCUCUCGUUGAACUUGCUAGCUUGCAGACGGCUUUCGUCAUCCUCGACGAAGUCAUCAAGGUCGUCAACCGACGUGUGAACGCUAUUGAGCACGUCAUUAUCCCACGAACCGAGAACACGAUCAAGUACAUCAAUUCCGAGCUGGAUGAGCUGGAUCGUGAGGAGUUCUACAGACUCAAGAAGGUUGCGAACAAGAAGCAACGCGACACUGCCGCUGCCGAUGCCGAGAUGAAGGCAAGACGUGCUGCGCAGGCCGCAGCGCAAGGCGGCGAGCAGCCUCAGAAGGAGGAAUCAGCACCAGCUGAUAUUCUCGGCGCUGAAGAUGACGAAGAUGUCAUCUUCUGA